CUGCGCUGUGAGGGCGGAGCAUGAGCUGCAUGAAGCGCCUCUGUCACGAGACUCGGUCACAUGACAGGCUUCGCCGCACACUCGCGGUGUGUCUGAGGUUGAGCCGGCGGUUGUUGUUGAAGAUGUCGGAGGAGAGGGAUGCUGCAGCGCUGUCGGGCUCCGCGCAGACGGAGGGUGAGGAGGAUCUGUUCGUCAGCGCGAUGGAGUCUCCAGAAGCGGCUCGUCUGUCUGCAGAGGACAUCAGCCCCAGCUCUAACGGACCCAAAGCCGAGCCCAUGCUGCUGGACGACGACCCCGACGACCUCUUCGCUGAAGCGACGGAGGAAGUGUCUCUAGACAGUCCAGAGCGUCAGCCGAUCCUGUCAGACGGCCCGUCUCCCGUCAUCACGCCUGUGACACCUGUGAUGAUCAGCUCCAGAGCAGACGUGUUCGACCGCUCGCCGGACCAGGAUGAAGAUGAAGAGGAAAACAGGGACACGUUUGACAUCCAGAUCUCGGUUUCUGACCCUGAGAAAGUUGGUGACGGCAUGAAUGCGUACAUGGUCUAUAAAGUGUUGACCAAAACCAGUCUGUCUAUAUUCAGCAGAGACGAGGUCUGCGUCAAGAGGCGCUUCAGUGAUUUUCUGGGCUUGCACAGUAAAUUAGCCUCCAAGUACAUGCACAUGGGCUACAUCGUUCCUCCUGCGCCUGAGAAGAGCAUUGUGGGAAUGACGAAGGUCAAAGUGGGGAAAGAGGAUCUGUCAUCAGUGGAGUUUGUAGAGAAGAGAAGAUCUGCUUUGGAAAGGUAUCUGCUGAGGACCGUCAAACACCCAGCGCUGCUCAAAGACCCCGAUGUCCUGCAGUUUCUGGAGAGUUCAGAGCUGCCGCGAGCGGUUAGCACACAGGCGCUGAGUGGGGCCGGAAUAUUGAGGAUGGUAAACAAAGCGGCCGACGCUGUCAACAAAAUGACAAUCAAGAUGAAUGAAUCGGAUGCGUGGUUUGAGGAGAAACAGCAGCAGUUUGAGAAUCUGGACGUACAGCUCAGAAAACUUCACGCUAGUGUGGAAUCACUGGUGUGUCACAGGAAGGAGUUGUCUGUGAACACGGCGUCGUUCGCUAAAAGCGCGGCUAUGCUGGGAAACUCGGAGGAUCACACGGCGCUGUCGCGAGCUCUGUCCCAGCUGGCCGAGGUGGAGGAGAAGAUCGACCAGCUGCAUCAGGAUCAGGCCUGCGCUGAUUUCUACCUGAUCUCAGAGCUGCUGGGAGACUAUGUGCGGCUCAUCACCGCCGUUAAAGGCGUGUUUGACCAGCGGAUGAAAACAUGGGCCAAAUGCCAGGAUGCUCAGGUGAUGCUGCAGCGCAAGAGAGAAGCCGAAGCCAAACUACAGCACGCCAACAAACCCGACAAACUGCAGCAGGCCAAAGACGAGAUCAGAGAGUGGGAAGGUAAAGUGCAGCAGGGUGAAAGAGAUUUUGAGCAGAUAUCAAAAAACAUCCGUCGAGAGGUUGGACGAUUCGAGAAAGACCGAGUGAAGGAUUUCAGAGUCGUCAUCAUUAAAUAUCUGGAGUCACUAGUUCACACACAGCAGCAGAUGAUAAAAUACUGGGAGGCGUUCUUACCUGAAGCCAAAGCGAUCGCGUAAUUCAUCAAACCGCCGUCUCUCUCUAUUCCACAGUAUGAUCAUGCAAGAAAAAGCUGCACAGACUUAAUGAUAACACUACAUUAAUAAACCCAGAAUCUGAAUCUCUUUGUACCUGUUUGGUGUCUGAAGAUCAGCGGCGAUCGUCUCUUCACGAUUCACAGCUCGUUCGUCUCAGAUUGAAUGUCGUAUUAGGCAAUGAUCCGACGGGAAGGCCUUCUGAAGCGAUUUCUGUUCUCUUUUCUCUCAUGUGUACAGAAUGAAGCAUUAUUCUCUCAUAAUCAGUAUUUAAGAGCAUCAAUAAUCGACGAGGCUUAGCUCAUGCAUGACGGACGAAUAUACAUAUGUAUAUUUUUUUAUUUUGCUUUGUAGCCUGAAAUUUUGGGACGUUUCUGUUGAUUCAUUGUUCUAACAGAUUUUUUAAUCACAAGUAUUUUUUACUCUACA